ACUCUUGGAUCUGUCUCCUUUGCCCGCAGCUUCGUGCAGGAGUUCGUGGACUCGGCCGUGGACGGCGUGUCGCUGCUGCUCGAGCUGCUGCGCACGGUGCAGCUGCAGCAGCAGGGCGGCCAGGGCGGCGGCGGCGUGGCGAGCCAGCGCCAGGCGCUGCUGCAGGAGAACGCCUGCCUGCAGUGCCUGCACGGCUGCCUGCGCUGCCCCGACGCGCCGCGCCGCCUCGCCGUCAGCAGCGCCGGCCUCUUCACCCUCGCCGUCUCCACCAUGAGCAGCGUCAACAAGUCCAGGGUGCUCGCCCUGCAGCUGCUCGCCAAGACGUGCGAGGGCGCUGCCGAGGGCCACGGCGCCGUGUCCGAGGCGCUGUCUACGAUGCGACUGCGGUUCGGCGAGCCGGUGCGCUUCAGGUUCCUGGCGGGCGUGCUGUCGUCCGCGGGCGGCCAGAGCGACCUCCUGCUCGCCGGCCUCCGCUUCCUCAACGCCUUCCUGCGCUCCGCGCCGGGGCCGCAGCAUCGUGUGUACAUCCAGGCCGAGCUUGGCCAGGCGGGCUUCCAGCCCGGCGCCCUCCGCCAGACGCUGCCCGCGACCACCGCCGCCUCCGUCGAGGUCCAGGCCGAGUUCGACGCAUGGGAGCGGCAGCAGGUGGACGUGAACGCCCUGACGCAGCGCUGCCAGCAGGCCGAGAACCGCGCCACGCAGCUGCAGGACCAGCUGAGCCAGCUGCAGCGCCGCCUGCAGGUGCUGUCGCUGGAGCAGGCGCUCAAGUCCACCAAGGACGGCAAGGACGAAAAGGACGAAGAGGACAGCCGAUCCACGCCCGCCGAGGACGAGGGCAUUUCGUCGUCGGACCAGGACCGGUCGCUCUCCCCGGACGGCGUGGAGCGGGAGCCCAUGGUGUACGAGGUGGUCCUCAAGGUGCCCGACGGACACCAAAACGGUCACAGAAGCGCGCCGCGGACCGCGCCGAGAACGGCGCCGCGCGCGGGCAAGCCGGCGCAGCGCGACGAAGUGCGGGAUGACGACGACGAGGAGGAGACCACGAUCGAGGAGGUCAUGGAGGAGUUCCAGAACAUCAUCAACGACGCCGAGACGGAGGUGUACGCCAACCACGUCAACAACCGAGCCUCGUCCGACCUGGACGUGACCAAGAACGUCUACGUCAACAGCGAGACGCUUACGGCCCGAAUACAGGUCCCCUACCCCCAAGACAAUGUCAUCAACUUUAACAGCAUGAACGUCAUUCACAACAUCAACAACAUCGCACAGCACAACAACAGCCGGCCACCCGUCAAGUCGGGCAGGUUGCGGCUAGAGGCCCUAUUCCAAAACCCAGCGGGCAGCACCCCUCAGCCGCCGCAGCCACCUCAGCCGCCGCAGCCGCCACAGCCCUCGCAGCGGAUCCAGCCGCCGCCGCGGGGCGCAUCCCUCCUUCAGUCACAGAAGCUGAACGACGAGGAGGAUGUGCAGCGGCUGGCCGAGCAGCACAGCGAGAGCGAGAUCGUGCCGUGCGCGCUGCUCCCUCAGCCACCGCGGCGCACCAAGAGCCUGGUGCACUUGUGCGCGCCGAGCAAGGACUACGUCAACCUCUGCAACUCGUCGCCCUUCUUCGACGACGCGGACUCGUUCAGCAACGUGAGCGGCGACGGCGACAACUCGGACUCGCUGCUGAGCGCGUCCCGCGAGCAGUUCGGCCUGGGGCUGGGGCUCGGCCUGGGGCUCGGGCUGGGCCGCGGGGAUGACCGCGACUCGUCCACGACGCGCGACAAGAACCUGCGCAACGCGGCCGAGAGCGCGGCCGCGGGCCCGGACUCGGGCAGCGCCUCGAGGACGUCCAGGACCUCCCGGGGAUACCGGUCCGUCGCCAUGAUCAUGCCCGACGAGGACGUCGUCGACUGCGACAAGGACGACGACGUCAUCAAGCCUGUCGAGGUGAGCGUGUACCAGGGCAUCCCGGACAUCCUGCGCUGCAGCAAGCAGAGCCCCUCGCCGAGGGGGUCGGACCCGAGGGCGGUGGACCUCGCCACGGUGCGCAACGGCAGCAACUACCAGCCCGCUGGGGGGCCGGCCUCCCUCAGCCUCCCCGUCAAGCCGGCCGCCUCGACCACCACCUCGGCACCCUCCGCCCCGGCAACCCCUCCCGUCAAGUCGCCCCGGAAGGCGAGCAGCGAGCAGGCCGAGAAGCAGCCGUCUGCCAGGACGGGCAGCUUCGACGGACUGUUCUACGUGGCCGACACCCCAAAGAGCACAAAGACAAGCAGCGGCAAGCCCCCCAUCGUGGCGCCCAAGAAGAAGAGCACGCGCUCGGCCACCAGCGCCUCGGGCUCGGAGCGCUCCGACUCGCAGCGCUCCAGGACCGACAACGCGCCGCGCCGCUCCAAGUCCAAGAGCCUGGAGCGCAUCGACGAGGGUCUCAACUCGAUGGUGGACAUCGUCGUGUCGCAGAAGCAGCAGCAGCAGCAGCAGAGGCUCGCGCCUGAGGGCGUGUUCCAGGCGCGCGAGUGGAGCGUCGAGUGGGGGCAGAGCCGCCUCUCCGCCGCCGGCAGGCUGCCCGUCCCCGGGGGCGGCCCCGCCCCCAGUCCCCCCGGCCCCGUGGUCAUCGUGUCCAGGUCGACGAGCGUCCGACACCAACAGCGGCAGUUCCAGCCGCCCUCGCGGCCGCCGGGCAGGACGCCCCCAGAGGGCGCCAACAACAGCGGCCCGCACCCCCUCUUCCUCCCCGUCAGCUCCAGGGUGACCGCCUUCGAGAAGGGCGACCCCCGGCACCACAUGGGCCCCAUGCCCAUGGGACCUAUGGGGCCCAUGGGGCCUCUGGGUGCGCCCGCGGGGCCCGUCAGCGCCAGCUUCAUCAUCAAGAGGGGGCACACCAACGCGGGGCUGUACUCCGGACACCACGUGCUCAGAGACACGCACAACCCCGGUCACGGCCCUGGUCCUGGCCACGGCCCCGGCUCUGCCUUAGCCAAGAUCGUCACCACCGCGCAGGUCCCCGGCAUGCCUGGCAUCCCCGGCCUCGGCAUGCCCGCCGACUACGCUAGAGGCAUUCAUGUAAAUCUUGCUUUGCCCAGUGGAAAGCUCACCGAUCUCCCCUCGGGUUUGUAUUAAUAGAUAUG